AAAACCCAUCCGAUUUCGAUUCGAUUUGCCGGCGGUGCCCGCGGCGGAGAGGAUGGCGAGCUCCUUCUCCUUCCCGCUGAUGAAUCCGGCGGACAUUGCGGAGGCGCUGCACAGCUACUGCAUCGCGCCCAGCCCCGGCCUCCGCGCCGAGCACAUCGUCACCCCGCAGCCCGGCCUCGUCGCCGAGGUCCUCGCCCUCUUCCUCGCCAACUUCGUCGGCGACGACGAGCCCGACGAGCAGCUAGAGUUUCAGGCGCUGCAGGCGAUCGACAACCCGGAGCACCACAUGCGCGCCAUAGCGCUCUCGCGCCUCUACCGGAGGGCCAACGCCUUCCUCCACUCCAUCCUCUUCCGGGACCUCACGCUCCGCGACCUUCUCCGCGCCGACGGCCGCCGUGUCGUCUACAUCCUCAGCGCCAUAAUCAACUUCCUCCACUACAGGCAAGAUAAGCUCAGCUUUCUUGAGCCCAUCGUCCAAGAGUACAGCCCCCUUCAGGAACGGCACACGGAGCUCAGGGCUAAGAUCGCCGAGCUUCGGAACGCAAAAGAAGACCAUCUACUUAAGGAGCAGAUGGAGGCGCCCGUGGUCCAGCAACUCGAGAAGGAGGUCAAUGCCCUCAAACAGAGGCUUCGUGAAUACAACAAAGAGCAGCUGUCGCUGCGCGUUGCAACAAAAGCCAUAGACGAAAAGAAACAGGAGUUACUCGGCAAGAUGAACCAAGCUGAUUUCGAGUUGGUGAAAGUUAUGCAAGAAAAGGAAAGGCUAUCAGCCAAAAUUGUUCAUUCCCCUGAAAAGCUCCUGAGGACCCUUGAGGAGAAGAAAGCAGUCCGUGAUGAGCUAAGGAACUCAGAGAAGGUGGCAAUGCAAAAAGUUCAAGAGAAAACCAAUACUCUUGAGACGUAUACUAAGGUUUCUGAGAAAUUAGUGAAGCAUCUCUCUAAAAUUUCUGCUGUACAUGAAAAAGGCACUGUUGCUAAAGCUUCUGAGAAGGAUGUUAAAGCACACAAAGAGAAGAUUGGUGAUCAAAAUUUGGAGAUAAAGGCACUUCGCAAUAAAGCUGCUGAGUGGCAAUUGAAAGUACUCGAGAACGAGGGCAUUCUGAACGCAAAGGAGAAAGAAAGGGAUCAAAGAGUUGCAGAGAACAAUCUGAAGAUGAACGCGUUGAAAUCUGAAGUCGAAUCGGAGCACAAGUGCCUUGAGGAGAAAGAAAUAAAAAUAAAGGAAAAGCUUGAAAAGGUUGCUGAAUUAUGCUCUCAAGCUGAUUCGGUUGCUGAAGCUGGAAAUAAGAAAAUACAGGAAAUCUGUGGGAAGUAUAAUCAAGUUUGCGAGGCUGCAAACAUGUACAUGGAUGGCAUCGAUCGUUCCUUUGAAGAGAUCGAUGAAGCUGCAGUGAGUUUGAAAGCUAUAGGCCAGAGUGGUGCUUGAUGCGUGAAGUGACCAUCGACGGGCAAUGGAUCGUGGACAGCAUAGUAAAUUGUGCUAGUGUUAAGCUCUGUAUAUAUACCUCCACCGCGUCUGUAUAUGCCUUCUUCCCACUAUUUUAAUUUAAUUAGCACUAAUUGCCAGUGAAAAUGGAUAUGUCUACCGAUCUUGAUUAAUUCUAUUUCAAUUCAAA